UGGAUAUGAAAAUUUUUAAUGCAGUAAUUAUAAUUUUAAUGAUUUUGAAAAUCAAACCAAUUAAAUCCUAUGGCAGGAAACUUACUUCUGAUCAAAAUAAUGUUUAUUAUAUUGAUUCGGAGCAGAAGUACUCGUGGUUUGAAGCCUUAAUCGCUUGCAUUGAAAUGGACAUGACGUUGGCAACCAUUGACUCUAGUACGAAAUCAUACGAAAUUAAUACUUUGGUGAGAAAUAAUUUUGGAAAUGUUCGCCUUUGGAUUGGUGGCAUCAUGUCAAGAUAUCCCAAUCGCCAUUUUAUUUGGCUAGCUACCGGAAAACCUUUCACAUACACCAAUUGGCAGGGCAAUAAUCCGGACUUUUAUGGCAAUAAUGAGUAUUGUGCUCACAUUGGUUGGAUCAACGAUCUGCAAUGGAAUGAUAUUGUCUGCACUAAUAAGCAGGGUUUUAUAUGUGAGUAUAGUCAGAAAGAUCAGCAGAGUAAGCAAAUGCAACAGGAGUUGCAAAUCGCUACAGCAAAACAACAAGAACUACAACAGCAACUUGAGAAAAACAAACAAGAGUUGCAGACACAUAUGCAUAAAAAGCAACAGCAAGAAGAAAAAUUACAGCAGGAAUUGGAAAGUGUUAAAGAAAUAUCGAAACAAGAAAAUCAUAAAAAUCAGGAAAUACAACAAAAUCUAAAACAAGAAGUCAAAGAAUGUGAAGAGAAAUUGAAAGAAAGUGCAGUAAAAUAUGAACAACUGGAAGAAAUCUUAAAAGGUACCACAACAGAGUUACAUGAGUUACAGCAAGAUUUAAAAAUACAACAAAACUUAAAGGAUUUACUACAAGAAGAAUUGGAGAAACUCAAGAAAAAAGAUCGAGAAGUGUCUUCUAGUGAUAUGAAUAAGAAAUAUCGUGAUAUUAUUUUACAUUUUCAUCAAUAUCAAUAAAAAGAGUGUAUAUUUUCUAAA